CAAACGCAUUGAGAACUCCGGCCUUUCGGCCAUUUUGUUCUAGUGGCACGUGAGAAGUUUCGUAACGAAAGUGUGAAAAAAUGACGUGUAAACGUCGAAACGGAGGUCGUUCGAAGCACGGCAGGGGGCACGUGAAACCCGUGAGGUGCACGAACUGCGCCCGGUGUGUCCCUAAGGACAAAGCUAUCAAGAAAUUUGUUAUCAGGAAUAUCGUCGAGGCUGCUGCUGUUCGUGAUAUCACGGUAGCAUCCGUCUACGAGAGCUACCCCCUUCCAAAGCUCUACGCCAAGUUGCACUACUGUGUCUCUUGCGCUAUCCAUUCGAAAAUUGUGCGCAACCGAAAAAAGUCGGCGCGUAAGGACCGUGACCCGCCUCCUCGAUUCACUCGUGCCUCUAUGGACGGCCCUCGAGGCCAGGGCGGCCAAGGUGGUCAGGGCCCCCGACAGGGUGGCGCUCAAGGUGCGGCCGCCGGUGCACCUGCACUUGCCGCCAAGUAAUAAAAAGACCCUAAUAAAAAUCACCACCAACGCGCAAGCGAUUCAAAUGCUGUUGGAUGGCGCUGUAAAAAAACUA